GCUUUGACUGGUAGAUGAUAGUAAGCUAAAGCUACUGGAUCCAGCGGUGCCAACCGUGGAGUACAGAGGACGAAACGAACUAACAACCCGCAACCCGUGGAAAAACCUCAAGACCAGGGAUUGAACUUCUGAGCUUUCAAAUCCUGCUGCCCACACGACAUGCGUGUACUUUGAUCCAUGGAAGUUAAUGUUUAAUUUUAGGGAUUGUAAAACGGUUUCAAGGUGGCGACAGAAAAGGUUGCAGGCAAGCUGAGUUCUACUCUCUCAUGGGUGAAGAACUCUGUCUCCCACACCGUCAGUCAGAUGGCUAGCCAGGUGGCCGCGCCCUCCUCCCUGCACACCACUGCCUCCUCCUCCACCACCCUGUCCUCGCCCGCCCUCACGCCCUCCUCGCCCGCCGAGCUCAGCCCGGAUGAGGUGGAGCUCCUGGCCAAGCUGGAGGAGCAGAACCGGCUCCUGGAGACGGACAGCAAGUCGCUGAAGUCGGUGAACGGCUCGCGGCGCAACAGCGGCGCCUCCCUGGUGUCCAGCUCCUCGGCCUCCUCCAACCUCUCCCACCUGGAGGAGGACACCUGGAUCCUCUGGGGCCGCAUCGUCAACGACUGGGAGGACGUGCGCAAGAAGAGGGAGAAGCAGCUCAAGGAGCUGGUGAGGAAGGGGAUACCGCACCACUUCAGGGCUAUAGUGUGGCAGCUGCUGUGCAAUGCCCAGAACAUGCCCAUUAAGGACCAGUAUUCGGAGCUGCUGAAGAUGUCGUCACCCUGUGAGAGGCUCAUCCGCAGAGACAUCGCCCGGACAUACCCUGAGCACGAGUUCUUCAAGGAGAAGGACAGCCUGGGCCAGGAGGUGCUCUUCAACGUUAUGAAGGCGUACUCUCUCGUGGACCGGGAGGUUGGUUACUGUCAAGGAAGCGCAUUCAUUGUCGGACUGCUGCUCAUGCAGAUGCCGGAGGAGGAGGCCUUCUGCGUGUUUGUGAAGCUGAUGCAGGACUACAGACUGAGGGAGCUCUUCAAGCCCAGCAUGGCCGAGCUGGGACUCUGCAUGUACCAGUUUGAGUAUAUGAUCCAGGAGCAGCUCCCGGAGCUCCACCAGCACUUCCAGUCCCAGAGUUUCCACACCUCCAUGUACGCCUCCUCCUGGUUCCUCACCAUCUUCCUCACCUCCUUCUCUCUUCCCGUCGCCACGAGGAUCUUCGACAUAUUCAUGUGCGAGGGCCUGGAGAUAGUGUUCCGCGUGGGACUGGCCAUUCUCCAGAUGAACCAGGGGGAGCUCAUGCAGCUGGACAUGGAGGGGAUGUUACAGCACUUUCAGAAGGUCGUGCCACAGCAGCUGGACAGCGGCCCUGACAGGGUGAUCCUGAUCGCGUAUCAAGUCAAGUACAACGCAAAGAAGAUGAAGAAGUUAGAAAAGGACUACACUACAAUCAAAACAAAGGAGAUGGAGGAGCAGGUGGAAAUCAAGAGGCUCCGUACAGAGAACAGGCUUUUGAAGCAGAGAAUUGACACCCUGGAGAAAGAAAGUGCUUCCUUGGCAGAUAGAUUGAUCCAGGGACAAGUGACAAGGGCCCAGGAGGCCGAGGAAAACUACCUUAUUAAGCGGGAGCUGGCCACGGUCAGGCAGCAGAGCGAGGAGGCCAGCGCCCAGCUGGAGCAUGCCCAGAUCGCCCUCCGCGAGCUCCAGCAGCGGCAGCAGCCACAAGGGGAGAAGCGCAACCCGCGCUACACGGAGGACUUCAUCCUGCAGCUGGAGCGGGAGCUGGUGCAGGCCCGUCUGAAGGAGGCCGAGUCGCAGUGCGCCAUGAAGGAGAUGCAGGACAAGGUGCUGGAGAUGGAGAAGAGGAACACGGCCCUCCCGGAUGAGAGCAACGUGGCUCAGCUGCAGGAGGAGCUGAUCGGGGUGAAGCUGCGGGAGGCUGAGGCUCUGACCGGCCUCAAAGAGCUGCGGCAGCAGGUGAAGGACCUGGAGGAGCACUGGCAGAAACAUCUGGCGCGCACCACGGGCCGCUGGAAGGACAGCCCCAGGAAGAGCGCGGUGAGCGAGCUGCAGGACGAGCUGAUGAGCGUCCGGCUGCGGGAGGCCGAGGUCCAGGCGGAGCUCCGGGAGAACAGGCACAGGAUGAUGGAGAUGGAGACGCAGAACCAGAUCCAAGGCAACCAUCUGCGACGGGCGGAGCAGGAAGGGCGGGGCCUGCAGGAGCGCGUGCAGCUGCUGACGGCGCAGAACAAGGACCUCCACGCGCAGCUGCAGCGGUCCAAGCGCAAGCAGGCCGAGACCGAGUGCAAGAACAGAGAGGAGGUGAUGGCCAUCAGGCUCCGGGAAGCUGACAAGGUUGCUGCCAUGGCUGAGCUUCAGCAGCAGAUCUCUGAGCUGGAGAUCCAGAAAGAAGAAGGCAAGGUCCAAGGCCAGCUGAACAGCUCCGAUUCCAGCCAGUACAUCCAGGACCUGAAGGAGCAGAUCGCAGAGCUUAAACACGAGAUUCGCUGCUUAAAAGGCCAGCGGGGCUUGACCAAACCGCCCGCUUUUGACCGCCUCCACAUCGUCAGCCACUACAUCGGAGACGACGAGUCCUACCACUCCUCGGACGACGACGUGGGCAAGAACCUGCUCUGCGCCGUCCCUCGGCCCUUCGAGUCCCGGCCGGGCGGCGGCCGCAUCGUGCUCCGCCCCAACCUGCCGGACACGGACAGCGACGAGGACGAGGAAGAGGAAGAGGAGUCCCUGCGCCUCUCGGUCCCCCCCGCCGGAGGCCACGCCCACAACAGCCACAAGACCACCUCCGUGUGACCGCCGCCCAGGCAGGAACCCGUUCCCCGACUGCCUGUGGUGUGGGAGAGGGGGGGGUGGGGGUCUAACACUACGCUUGUUAGCCAAACGUUUGGGGCUCGAUCGAAAGGGUCACUUUGAUGGCUAAGCGCGAUUUCCAUGCGAGGAAUCUGCCAUCUUUUUCAAUCACAGAGACUGACCUAAGAGACAGUUAUGGUUUCUUAAUGUUGCUGUUGUUUUUAUUCUUUUUUUUUUGUUGUUGUUUGUUUGCACCUGCCUUACUUCUGCCAAAAUCAAAUGGAUGUACAUAUCAUUGCCAUUCCAUAGACUGCAGCUGGAUGAGCAAAUGCGAAGAUGGCUGCUAUUUAGCGACAGUGGGCAGAGACUUCACAAGACUGAACGCUGAGGAAGACUCCACCAAGGCAACCGAGGGACUCCCUCACCUACCGUACGGGGGGAGUUUGUGCAAUAUCAUGUUUUAUGCAUGUUGACUUGUUUUUUUUUAUGUUUGGCCUUUUUCUAGAAUAAUCGAGUCCACAAGACAGCUACAGGUCUGCAAGAGCUUAUUCAAAAUAAUGCGAAUGAAGCGGUAUGAUCUUGUAAGGUAUUCCAUCCAUACUGUUCUUCUCACAGGGAUAACUCCUGGUAAACAGAGUUGUAGCCUCAUAUCCAGGAUUAAUUAAGCUUCAGGACAUGAAAAUUGAAAGUUUUGUCCAUCAGAAAUGAAUAAAAACAAAGUUAUGUGCUGUUCCUUAAAAACAUUUGGUGCAGUAGAACCUUGGAGAUACAAACAUCAGAUUGAACAGGGUUUGAACCUGGAAGUAGCAUGCACAAUUAGGGUUUAUCAAGGUCCUCCUAAUAAAAUAAAUAUAUUGUGUGUUAUUAAUCACUGAUGCCAAAAGGCAAGCAUUGAACAGAACGUACUCACACUUUCCCAAACAACAGGUGAAGCAAAUACACCUUCUGUACCCGUUUGUUGGGGUCUAUGAAAAAUAAGUUUUGGUUGACCCAUGUAGCUUGUUAGCAGACCACUGCUUUCUUGAUGUUCCCUCACUGAUGCCUCAUCUUUUAUGACAAUUAUAAAAAUGUAUCUCAUCUCUUAACUUCUCAAUGCAAUAUAUAGAUGCUUUCUAUAGCAUCUUUAUAGAAAGCUGACAAGAACCGCCCUUCGCAUGCUUUAAACUCAGUCCAGCCCAUGUGUCAUUCUACCUAGUUCUGUACUUGGCUAGUAAUUUUCUGUUUUUCAGUUGUCAACAUAAAGGCAUUUCUUUCUUCAUAAAUAGUUUCUAUUUGAGAGCAAGAGGGCUAUUAAAUUUUUUUGCUAACACUUGUCAACUUCACACAAAAUUAGUUUUAUGCUGCGUACGUAUGUUAAUCACAUCUCGCUUGUUCUUCAAUAUUGGUGCAUCACCGAAAGUUGGGGUGAGCUCUAAAAACACUUCUUAUCCAAACCCAAAUUGUAGCAAAGUCAGUAUCUGGUGAGAUGAAUUUUCCAGAACAAAGUCACGUAGUUUUAAAAAGGUGACAUGCAUAUAGCAGGUCACUCAACAGGAGUUCUAUCAUUUGGAAAGCCAUCAAAGAAAAAAAAAUGGAUUCAUGUUUUAAUGGGUUUCAGAAUUACGAAUGCUUCGGAGCUCUGAAGCACCCAAAGCGUUUGUAUCUCGGAGGUUCUACUGAGUUGAAUUCAUUCAGAGCCCUCACCUGUGUUCCAGGGUUUCUGUGUCGGUGGGAGCCUUGCCCCCCCCCGGUGGUCUUGUAUCAGCACAUGUGGCGUGCUCUGAAAUGCCCGCCGUCCAGGAUGGUUUUUUCCUCUGGUCGGGUCCUCUGAGCGGUCUGCCGGGCUCCGUUGCGGACCGAGCCGCUGCGCUCUCGGCUAAGCCCAGCGCAAGUAGUCUGUGUGGAAUCUGGCUCGCAGAGAGCCUGCAGUGCGAAAGUGUUCUUUAAAGCUAAAACGCUGAAAUUUGGG